CAGCUGUCACACGUAAGACGUACAUUGUAAAUGAUCUUGAUAAAUAAAACUUCCUCAGUGAAUCAGUUCAGUAUGAUGUUUAUUCUCUGACCGAUGACAACAGUGUCAUCUUAUGAUUUGAUGAAGUCAAACUUCACUUUCGAAAAAAAUAAGUUUGCUGAAACUGAGCAUGGAAAAUCAAACAAUGAUGAAUACGACGCAAAUCUUGGUUAACAUUACGGAUUUCAACUUUACUGGUUCUGGAAUCGGUGACGACAACUACACAAACGAAGAUGGAGAAGGUGCAUAUAGUUACGAGACUUACGAAUAUUAUGCAGAUUUUUACGCGAAGAAAUACGAGUAUAUUGGUGAAUGGGAAAUCGCCAUCCGGGGGUACGUCACAUUUUUUAUAGCGCUUGCCACCAUUCUCUCUAACAUAGUCUUAGUGUCUGUGUUCGUCUUCAGAAGCUCGCGUACUUCCACAACCAUUGUGUUGACGUCACUAGCCAUCUCCAAUUCCAUAAUAUGCCUCACACGUCUGCCUGAAGCAGUUUAUUUCAAUAUGGCAGGAAACUACAAGAAUCUUUACAUAACGUACCCAUGGUGCAUUGCAACGCAUGUCUUGUAUGUGAUAUACCAAGUUUUUAGGAUGACGUCUAACUGGCUAACUGCCUUACUUGGCGUACAACGACUUGUAGCCAUAGCUCUCCCUUUUAAACACGGUAAACUGUUCAAUUCUCGGGCAAGCUGUGUUGAAAUCGCUGUCAUUGUUGCUGUGUCCGUGCUGCUCAAUCUAUAUGAAGCUCUAGGAAUCUACAUUUCAGAGCUUCCGAUAUAUAAAACUUGGUACUACAACGAAACACUCCCCUCGAGUUGUACAAGAGAAGUUUCACUAGGGUUAGUUAGUGCCUUCGGAGAUCCAACGAAAUCAAAUACUUUAUUUUUCAUAUUUUCUGGCCUUUUGUACCGGGUACUUCCAGUUUUGAUCCUUAUCUUUACCACAGUGAUGCUUGCUUACUUUUUGUACAAAAGACAAAAAAUGAGAACCUCGAAUACUGAGGAGAAGAAGAAGCAGAUUCAAAGAAUGACAAUCCUCAUCUUCCUUAUUCUUGUCGUCUUUCUAAUUGCCGAAAUACAAGAUGGAAUCGCAUAUUUCAUCUAUGCAGCUGAGCUUUCACAGGACAAAAAGAGACAGAUUCUGUCCAAAGAAGACGAUAUUAGGUGGGAUACGAUUUCAUCAAUGCUUUCUUUGAUAAGCUACGCAUGCAACUUUUGGAUUUUCUUCCUAAUGAGUCAGCAAUUUCGAUCGGCACUUCUGGACAUUUUUAAGUCAGGGUUUCGAAAAGCCCAUAUCUACUUUAAUUUGGAUGAAUCUGACGAGGAAAGCGUUUCGAACACUCCAAACACGAGUUUAACAAGCAAGAACGAGAAAAGUACGUUCGUAUGAUGAAACAUUUUACCAGAAGCUUGCGUAUGCUUUUACAUGGGACAUAAAAACGGUUUGAAAUUAUAGAGAUAUGUUGAUGAAUAUUUUUUUAAAAUUAUUUUUAUCACGGUCUGAAUCCCGAUAAAGUUGGUUUUUCUUUUUGACAAAUUCCAUUUAUUCGCAUGAAAAGGUAAUGCAUAUACAUGUAGAUAAUUUAAGAAUGUCAGAAAAUUGGUUUGUAAAGGUGCGGUCACAUGAUGCGACUUUCCAUCAGAUAUUAAAUCGACUUGCUCAGGUAAGUCGAUUGGAGUAGAUUGUUGAGGUGGUCACACGAUACGAUUUAACGAUGGAUUUUCGAUUUAUAAAACAUAUUCAAUAAUUUUGCUGUAAGGUAAAAAGUCUUUGUGACGUCACGAUUCUCACCAGAGAUUCGAUUGACAAUCGGACGCAUUACACAUUUCCAAUCGACUUCAGACUUUGCUUUCGACUUUCGACUUGAGUGGUCACACGGUACGAUUUUUAGUUGGAAGCUUAUCGGAUGAGAAAAUCUGAUGGAAAAUUUUGUAGAAAAUCGUAUUGUCUGACCGCACCUUAAUUAUGUGUUUUCAAUGAUUAAUUGAUUUUGAAUGCCUGUUUAUUUUUAUUCAACAUUACUGUGUGAAGUCCACGUUUUAACUUGAAAUAUUAACAUUUUAUUCUGAACAAGGAAUUUCAAAACAAUGUACCCAUCAAUGUAGACCGUUGUUUCCUUCUAAAGAAAUGACUGGGCACAUGUACAGGUUCAAAAAAUUACUUGAAAAACUGAAUCGAUGAUGAAACGAUAGGUAUGAAAAGAAAAUAUGUACGGAUAAAUCUGUUUCACCUUUUAUCACAAGUGGUUUAUCUGGAUACACCUAAGAAUUAGAUGAUUAAAACUCUGACGGUUUUGAGGGACAUGAAUCAGAUUUAUUCAUGUAGCUCAAAAGAAUUAUACCAGUAGUUUAAAACAACACACUGGACAGAAGAAAUUGAAAAUUAUAUGUGAACAUAAAAAUACACAAGUAAGAGCCUUCAAUAAAAAGCUUGCCUGACUAAACAGAAUUAUUCAAUGGAAGCAUGCAUGGAUCGAUGAGGCUAUCUUUUAAAAAAUGAAUUUUGAUUUUCGCUGCUGAUCAUAAAUUCAUAAACGGAAAGUUUAUUACUUAAGAAGAAAUGUCAGUCUUUUUCUUUGAUCUAGUGCAUGACAACAUUUGAAAUUAAAUAAUUUCAUUUCAAUUUGAAAUGUACAUGCGUGAAUCAUUCAAAUACUUUCAUGUAAGCUUAAAGGCGAAGAUAAAACAAUCAAAUUUAAUAUUGUUAUACUAAGAAACAUUAAGAAAUUAGGAACGGAUAUUCAAGCACGUAUUAUCUUCAUUCAAAAAAUCUUCACAAGCAAUUAAAAAACCGGGGGGGGGGGGGGUCUCAAAAUCAUGAAGGAAAUCCUAAUCCUAAUCCGGGGGCGGGGGCUGAAGGGGGCGGGUAGUUUUCAUUGUAAUUUCAGUUCAAAUCAAUUAAGAUCCACAUUUUUCAGUGUCAUAUAUUACAUGCGCUGACAGAAGUGGAGGGUAGGGGGCACCCAUGGCAUGUCCAUUUUUUUUAUUAAGUCAAGUUCAGAAAAGUGUCUGCUGCGAAAAAAGUGAGAGAGGAACCCUCCCCCCCCCCCCCGGCCGAUGCUGCGUGCCUGUGAUAUGUACACAUAUGAUCCCCAUUUGAACUAGUCAACUAUUCGGCGAGCACAAAUUGUGGAUGAGACAAACUAUUGCGCGAUGCCCUGCAUGACCAUUCACGCAGUAGUUGAGAUCUCUGAUGGUUUGAAUGAACUCAUCCACCGGCAUAGAUCCAUUUGGAGGACUUGAGUUGCAAUUGUUUAAAGUACUUUCCGGACGACACUUGAGUUACACCCUUUUCAAGAUGAAUGAACUUGCCCAAUUGGUCGAAAUUUAGGCCACGUCCUGCUUCGGCGAAUUUGUUCCUACAGUAAAUAUUCCAGCUACAUGAAUACAUAUUUGUUUGAAAUCAGGAAACACCAUGCACAUACACAUGUGCAUGGUGAACAGCCCUUUUACUUGAAAACUCGCGCUUAUUGUUGUUUAUUGCAUCUUAAAUACCAUUUUCAUUAAUUUGUAAAAUGUAAAUGUUUACAUAUUAAGCAUGCAUUGGUUUAUCUUUUUAUGAAAAAUCUUGAUAUUGCUUGCUCCCAGUGCCUGCAUUGUUUCGGAGAAUGCAACGUUCAAACAAAUUUUUAAAGGUCUUUUUUCACAUUAGGCAAUAAUCCCGGUUUUUUGCAACUCCCUCUUUAUUGUAAUAAAAAAACCCUGUUACAAUCUAUAAAUACAUAUGUUCUUCAAAACUUCCCUUGAUAUUGAACACUGAAGUUAGUUGAUAUUGGUACAAAGAGGAAAAGAUAAGCUACAAAUAUUUAUAGUAUUGGAGAGGUGUGCUUUAUUCUUAAAUGCAUAACAGAACUGGUUAAAAGAGACCAUUGACUUAAGCUAAAUAUGGUUUGGAGUAAAGUGGGAUGAUAAUAAUAGAAUACAUGACCGGAAAGGUUUAAAGAGCUUGUUGUUUAACAGCUGCAGUUUCCCGGAUGAUGUUACAAGAUACAAAUAAUCUAAUAUUUGGAAUAUUUAAUAUAAUGCUAAUAAAUGCGGAAAGGCCAGCUAACAUACGUGACAGCUCUACGACAAUCUAAAAUGGUGACGAUGUUUACUUAUUUUUGGAGGACGUACACUUUUUCACUACGGAAGAAAUAACGCCGGAUGCUUUUGAAAGAAUGGGUAUAUUUUGCAGUGCUGACGUUUGUUAGUUUUAAUUGGAUCGGUAUUUGCAUAUAUUAAAGCAAUAUUAACUUUAUUGGCUAUUGGAGGGCAAAUUAAUAUUGCGUAUCAUUAUAUGUUGUGUGACUGCACUCCAAACACGAGUUUUACAAGCAAAAACGAGAAAAGUACAUUCGUAUGAUAUAACAUUUUUCCAUAAGCUUGCGUAUGCUUUAACGUGGGACACAAAAACGGGUUGAAACUAUAGAGAUCUGUUUAUAAAAAUCUUUUAUAUUAUUUUUAUUAGGGUCCGAAUUCCGAUAAAGUUGGUUUUUCUAUUUGACAAAGGACUAUAUAUAAUAAGGGCCUAAAAUGGUCCCCUAAAAUGAACAUCAUUUUACUAUCAUUCUUUGUUUUCUUAGUACAGAUAUGUAUGUGAUGUAUUUACUAAAUAUUUAUUUUGGUUCAAGUGCCCACAAUUUAGAAAUAUGACAUUGUAAAGACAACCUUUUCCUGCCGUUUUUGCAUUUUUAGCGUAAAACAGCUUGUUUUCAAGCAGUUUUUCCUUCCGAAAACAUAGAGCGCAUUCUUGAACAAAUAAAACAUUUUAAUCAGAGAUGUAUCUAGCCAAGACUAAUAAGUGACAAAAAUAUUUUCCUUGUUCAAGCAUGCGCUCUAUAUUUCCCAUUCGUAAAUAGACAAGAAUAAUGUAAAUUUUUGGCUGAUUUUGAUUGAAUUAUAGAAAAGGCGUCACUUCUGACGUCAUAUACUGCCAGUGAGUGGAAAUAAAUCAAAUAAAUAGAUGAAAAAUAUAUUUUAUAUCAACUCUUCUAAAAAAUUAGUUAACAUUUUAUUGUACCCGAAACACUUAAAAAAGGCGAAUUAUGGGGGCCAAAUUUAACUCUUAUCAUAUAUAGUUCUUUCUUUUAUUCGCAUGAAAAGGUAAUGUAUAUACAUGUAGAUAAUUUAAGAAUGUCAGAAUAAUGCUUUGUACAGGUGCGGUCACAUGAUGCGACUUCCCAUUAUAUAUUAAUCGACUUGCUCAGGUAAGUCGAUUGGAAUAGAUUGUUGAGGUGGUCACAUGAUACGAUUUUACGAUCGAUUUUCGAUUUAUAAAAUCUAUUCAAUAAUUUUGCUGUAAGGUAAAAAGUGUUUUUGACAUCACGAUUGUCACCAGAAAAACAACUGACAAUCGGACGCAUUACAGAUUUCCAAUCAACUUCAGACUUUGCUUUCGACUUGAAUGGUCACAUGGUACGAUUUUAGUCGAAUGCGAUUCAGAUGAGAAAAUCUGAUGGAAAAUCUGAUUGAAAAUCGUAUUGUUUGACUGCAUCUGAAUUAUGUGUUUUCAAUGAUUAAUUGAUUUUGCAUGCGUGUUUAUUUUAAUUCAACAUUACUGUAUGAGGUCCACGUUUUAACUUAUAAACUUGAAAUAUUAACAUUUUCUUCUGAACAAGGAAUUUCAAAACAAUGUACCCACCAA